AUGGCAGGGCCCAGGCUGUGCGGGUGGGCAGCACGCCUGCUCGCCAUCCUCCUCUCCUUGGGAUUUGGCCUGGACACACUAGAGGUGUGCCCCAGCCUGGAUAUCCGCUCGGAGGUGGCGGAGCUGCGCCGGCUGGAGAACUGCAGCGUGGUAGAGGGCCAUCUGCAGAUCCUGCUCAUGUUCACGGCCACGGGCGAGGACUUCCGAGGCCUCAGCUUCCCACGCCUCACUCAGGUCACUGAGUACCUGCUACUCUUCCGUGUCUAUGGUCUGGAGAGCCUGCGGGACCUCUUCCCCAACCUGGCAGUGGUCCGCGGGGCCCGCCUCUUCCUGGGUUACGCGCUGGUCAUCUACGAGAUGCCGCACCUGCGGGACGUGGGGCUGCCGGCGCUGGGGGCCGUGCUGCGCGGGGCCGUGCGGGUGGAGAAGAACCAGGAGCUCUGCCACCUCUCCACCAUCGACUGGGGCCUACUGCAGCCCUCGCCUGGCGCCAACCACAUCGUGGGCAACAAGCUGCGUGAGGAGUGUGCCGACGUGUGCCCCGGCGUGCUGGGCGCCACUGGCCAGCCCUGUGCCAGGACCACCUUUGGUGGGCACACCGACUACAGAUGCUGGACCUCCAGCCACUGCCAGAGAGUGUGUCCCUGUCCCCAUGGGCUGCCCUGCACAGCUGGGGGUGAGUGCUGCCACUCCGAAUGCCUGGGGGGCUGCAGCCGGCCGGAAGACCCCCGGGCCUGCGUGGCCUGCCGCCACCUCUACUUCCAGGGCGCCUGCCACCGGGCCUGCCCUCCAGGCACCUACCAGCAUGAGGCCUGGCGCUGUGUCACGGCAGAGCACUGCGGCAGCCUGCGCUCUGUGCCCGGCCGCGCCUCCACCUUCGGCAUCCACGAGGGCAGCUGCCUGGCCCAGUGCCCCCCGGGCUUCACCCGCAAUGGCAGCAGCAUAUUCUGCCACAAGUGUGAGGGGCUGUGCCCCAAAGAGUGCAAGGUGGGCACCAAGACCAUCGACUCCAUCCAGGCGGCACAGGACCUGGUGGGCUGCACCCACGUGGAGGGGAGCCUCAUCGUCAACCUUCGCCAGGGCUAUAACCUGGAGCUGGAGCUGCAGCACAGCCUGGGGCUGAUAGAGACCAUCACCGGCUUCCUCAAAAUCAAGCACUCCUUUGCCCUCGUGUCCCUGGGCUUUUUCAAGAACCUCAAACUAAUCCGGGGGGACGCCAUGGUGGAUGGGAACUACACUCUGUACGUGCUGGACAACCAGAAUCUACAGCAGCUGGGGUCCUGGGUGGCUGCGGGGCUCACCAUUCCCGUGGGCAAGAUAUACUUCGCCUUCAACCCUCGCCUCUGUUUGGAGCACAUCUACCGCCUGGAGGAGGUGACCGGCACGCGGGGACGGCAAAACAAGGCCGAGAUCAACCCCCGCACCAACGGAGACCGCGCCGCCUGCCAGACUCGCACCCUGCGCUUCGUGUCCAACGUGACGCAGGCCGACAGCAUCUUGCUGCGCUGGGAGCGCUACGAGCCGCUGGAGGCCAGGGACCUGCUCAGCUUCAUCGUGUACUACAAGGAGUCCCCAUUCCAGAAUGCCACAGAGCACAUAGGUCCGGAUGCCUGUGGGACCCAGAGCUGGAACCUGCUGGAUGUGGAGCUGCCCUUAAGCCGCACCCAGGACCCCGGGGUGACUCUGGCGCCCCUCAAGCCCUGGACACAGUAUGCAGUGUUUGUGCGGGCCAUCACACUGACCACUGCUGAGGACAGCCCCCACCAAGGAGCCCAGAGCCCCAUCAUCUACCUCCGAACCCUGCCUGCGGCGCCCACGGUGCCCCAGGACGUCAUUUCCACGUCCAAUUCCUCGUCCCACCUGCUGGUGCGCUGGAAGCCACCGACUCAGCGCAACGGAAACAUCACCUACUACCUGGUGCUGUGGCAGCGUCUGGCCGAGGACGGCGACCUCUAUCUCAACGACUACUGCCAUCGCGGCUUGCGGCUGCCCACCAGCAACAACGACCCCCGCUUCGACCGCGAAGACGGGGAACUGGAAGCCGAGAUGGAGCCCGGCUGCUGCCCUUGCCAGCAGCCCCCUCCCGGGCAGGUCCUGCCACCGCUGGAGGCGCAAGAGGCCUCGUUCCAGAAGAAGUUCGAAAACUUUCUGCACAACGCCAUCACCAUCCCCAAAUCCCCCUGGAAGGUGACGUCCAUCAAUAAGAGCCCUCAAAGAGACUCGGGGAGGCACCGCCGGGCCGCCGGGGCCCUCCGGCUUGGGGGGAACAGCUCGGAUUUCGAGAUCCAGGAGGACAAAGUGCCCCGGGAGCGCGCAGUGUUGAGUGGCCUGCGCCACUUCACGGAAUACCGGAUCGACAUCCAUGCCUGCAACCACGCGGCGCACACCGUAGGCUGCAGUGCGGCCACCUUCGUCUUUUCGCGCACCAUGCCCCACAGAGAAGCCGACGGUAUCCCAGGGAAGGUGGCCUGGGAGGCAGCCAGCAAAGGCAGUGUCCUCCUGCGCUGGCUGGAGCCCCCAGACCCUAACGGACUCAUCCUCAAGUACGAAAUCAAGUACCGCCGCUUGGGAGAGGAGGCCACAGUGCUGUGUGUGUCUCGCCUACGAUAUGCCAAGUUUGGCGGUGUCCAGCUGGCCCUGCUGCCCCCUGGAAACUACUCUGCCAGAGUUCGGGCAACCUCGCUGGCGGGCAACGGCUCCUGGACAGAGAGCGUCGCUUUCUACGUCCCCGGCCCAGAGGAAGAAGACUCCGGGGGGCUGCACGUCCUUCUCACCGUCACCCCCGUGGGGCUCACGCUGCUCCUCAUUCUUGCUGCCCUCGCUUUCUUCUACGGCCGGAAGAGAAACAGCACCCUGUACGCCUCCGUGAAUCCGGAGUACUUCAGCGCCUCUGAUAUGUACAUCCCUGACGAGUGGGAGGUGCCUCGGGAGCAGAUCUCCAUAAUCCGGGAACUGGGCCAGGGCUCCUUCGGGAUGGUAUAUGAGGGACUGGCACAGGGACUGGAGGCUGGAGAGGAGUCCACACCCGUGGCCCUGAAGACCGUGAAUGAGCUGGCCAGCCCACGAGAACGCAUUGAGUUCCUCAAGGAAGCUUCUGUCAUGAAGGCGUUCAAGUGUCACCACGUGGUACGUCUCCUGGGUGUGGUGUCUCAGGGCCAGCCAACUCUGGUCAUCAUGGAGUUAAUGAACCGUGGGGACCUCAAGAGCCAUCUUCGAUCUCUGCGGCCCGAGGCAGAGAACAACCCGGGGCUCCCACGGCCAGCACUGGGAGAUAUGAUCCAGAUGGCUGGUGAAAUUGCAGAUGGCAUGGCCUACCUUGCCGCCAACAAGUUUGUGCAUCGAGAUCUGGCGGCCCGGAACUGCAUGGUGUCCCAGGACUUCACAGUCAAGAUCGGGGACUUCGGGAUGACUCGAGACGUGUAUGAGACAGACUAUUACCGCAAGGGUGGGAAGGGGCUGCUGCCCGUGCGCUGGAUGGCCCCCGAGUCCCUCAAAGAUGGAAUCUUCACGACGCACUCGGAUGUCUGGUCCUUCGGUGUGGUGCUCUGGGAGAUCGUGACCUUGGCCGAACAGCCCUACCAGGGCUUAUCCAAUGAGCAGGUGCUCAAGUUUGUCAUGGAUGGUGGGGUUCUGGAGGAGCUGGAGAGCUGUCCCCUUCAGUUGCAGGAGCUGAUGAGCCUCUGCUGGCAGCAGAACCCACGUCUGCGGCCCACCUUCACCCGCAUCCUGGACAGCAUUCGGGGGGAGCUGCGGCCCUCCUUCCGCCUCUUUUCCUUCUACUAUAGCCCAGAGUGCCGGGGAGCCCAGGGGGCCCUGCUGCCUGAUGCCAGACCCAACUCCCUACCCACCCCAGAAGGGGCUUCCUCAGACUACAGCCCUCAAAAUGGGGGUCCAGGGCACUGA